CUGUGAUCGACUGCAUAGACUGAACAGUGUGUUUCAACUUUUUCAGUACAAAAUUGAUAUCUUUUACUGUAGUUUUGAGUCGCAAUUACGAAUCAAAGUGUGAUUGCAUGGAAAGAGUUCAGUGCCUGGAAAUAGUUCAAACUUAUAACUUAAUCAGCAAAUUGCUGAUUUUAAACCUGUAACAACAAUACAUUACUUAUUCAUUUAUUUAUAUUUGUUGUGUGAAAAACAUCAGAAUUUCACUUUUGACAUUUCUUUAUGUGUUUAAAAAUGUUUUGUGGUGUUGUAUGAAUAAUCAAACUAUGAAGAUGUAUUCUAUUUUUCAUUUGAACCAAACUAUGAGACAGUUUAAUAUUAUAAAACGUUCUAUCAACCAGCUGAGAACUGAUUUUCAGAAUACAUAUUUCUGAAAGUUGAUAGUCCAAAAUUUUUAAAAUAUAUAAAUGUUGUUAUUUACUGUAUCCAUUGGCUACCGAUGGCCAGAGAAUACAUGCAUUUCUUUAGUUUUAGAAUGUUUCAGGGAAGAUUAUUGAUUUUUAUUUCUGUGAUAUGUCUCAUAAUUUUCAUUUGUUUAUACAACCACUUUGAAUCUAAAAUUUCUAAGCUUGAUGAUGCCCGUAAAAAACUGGAUACUGUUAUAUCUGGAAUUGAAAGACAGAAUUUAGCUCCUGUUCCCAAAUCUUUGCAACUUAUGAAUGAAGACCAGAGUUUCUUAAAUUUGGAGGUCAAAUCAUCCUUUGACGACAGUGUCAUCAUCUACAAUAGAGUUCCGAAAACAGGAAGUACCAGUUUUAUGGGAGUUGCAUACGAUCUUUGCUCAAGAAAUAACUUUAAUGUGCUUCAUAUCAAUACUACGAAAAACUCCCAUGUACUUUCGCUUUCUGAUCAGGUCAGAUUUGUUCAUAAUGUUUCAACAUGGAGUGCCAAAAAACCUGGGUUAUAUCAUGGGCACAUAGCAUUUUUGGAUUUUUCCAAGUUUGGUAUGGUGAAAAAACCAAUAUUUAUAAAUAUAGUGAGAAAACCACUUGACAGACUAGUGUCAUAUUAUUAUUUUCUUCGAUAUGGGGACGAUUUUAGGCCAUAUGUAGUAAGAAGAAGACAGGGGAACAAAAUGUCUUUUGAUGAGUGUGUAAUAAAACAUGAGAAAGAUUGUGAUCCAGAAAACAUGUGGCUUCAAGUUCCUUUCUUUUGUGGCCAUCAUGCAGAAUGUUGGGUUCCUGGUAGUGAGUGGGCUUUAGCUCAAGCAAAAUUUAAUUUAGCCCAGCAUUAUCUUCUUGUUGGAGUUACUGAGGAAUUGCAAGAUUUCAUCUCAUUGCUAGAAGCAGCUUUGCCUCGUUAUUUUCACGGAGCAACUAGUUAUUUCAUCGAAGGUAAAAAGUCUCAUUUAAGAAAAACGUUUAAUAAAGUAGAGCCAUCUCCAGAAGUAGUAGCCAAAAUACAAAUGUCUCGAGUCUGGCAAAUGGAAAAUGAAUUUUAUGAAUUUGUUCUUCAACAAUUCCAUUUUAUUCGAAAGAGAACAUUAACAGUUAAAGAUGGCGUGGUUUCUGAUAAAGGCCAACAAUUUAUGUAUGAAAAAAUAAGGCCUCGAUAAAGCAACCUGGUAAACAAAUAAAUGUUUUUCUACAACAGUUAUAUUUAUUUGGGGAAUAAGUCAAAGGAUUUUUGAAAACUAUUUGCAUAAUUAAGUAGUUUAUGCUAAGCCGUUGAUAUUCCUGUUAUUACGGGUUUUCUUUUUAAUUGUGUUAUUUUUUUACUUUAAUUUGUUCCUAAAAAUGUUACUAUUUUAUUCAUUUUGCAAUUGCAGGAAAAUAUUUAUUAUUGAUGUUGUAUUAUAUUUAUGAAUUUCUUAUUUGGAAAUAAUGACAUGCCACAUUUUUCAUUUUCAAACAGAUUCUAAUAAAAAUAUAAACCGUAACCACAACAGUGAUUGCCAAUAUAUAUGGAUGUAUAUGAUUACUCAGUUACUAUAUGAAUAUUCUUUUACGCAAUUGAAAUAUUGAAUAAUGAAAACUGAAAUAAAAAAAACUGCAAACUUAUUCUAUAUUGUAGUUUAUAUGCAGACCGGCUAUGAGAAGAAAUCUUCUGUGCACCAAAUGCUAAUGCUACAACUAAUGUGAUUUUUGAUUACUAAAACAUGGUGCGUAGCGUUUUUAAAAACUGCUUAAUUUUCCUUUUUUGAAAAUGAGAUUUUCGCCAUGUAUUUUGCAGAAGUAUGCUUUUCACAUUGUUCUAUUCAACUUUUUCACAAUUCAUUCAAACAAAAUGCAUUUCCGCUUACCGUCGGUAUGUAGUGUAUGAAAGUGCCAAUCAUUUUACAUGUUUGAUGACAUACUUGCGGGUCCACGUGUGCGUAUACUGAGCUAAGUUUGGUGAGAUUCUUGCACUCUCAUGUGCAACUCUGCUGCAUUUUGCAAGAAAUUUUCAAUUUCAUGCUUCAUUUUCCAACCCUCUGAAAUUUAACCGAAAAGUCGAUUAUUUUUAGUGGUGGCUAAUAUAAUUAAGAAAAUAGUUCUUUGUCAGAAACUAGUUAUUUUAUCAUGAUCAUGUGGUCUUUGAAAAUUAUUUUGUUAAUGUAUAUAUAGUUUAAAAAUAUUUUUUUAGUGCAUAAAAAGUACUUAGAAAGUGCUUAUUUUUUGUUUAAAGAUUUAUCUAUGUACCCUGUAAAAUAUUUUGUAGGAGGAAAAUCAUGUAAUUAUAUAGGAGGUUAUUCAAUAUCAGAAUACUUUGACCAAGUGAGUUUCUGUCCCAGUCUGCAUUGUUUACAUGAUAUUUUGUCCCACCAAAGUUUAUUUCAUAGCCCGAAGCAAUGAAGAGAGACUGAGUGUCCCAUGAUUAAUUGCUGUUUUUACAUUAUUUUAGUUUUAUAAUUUUUUAAUCAAGAAAAUGUCUGUUAAAAACAUCCAUUACAAAUUCAUUUGAAGUAUUUUAUCAAGUUAAAACAUAUUAAAGCGACUUAUUAUUUAUUUUUUUGACGGGUUAUUUACAAGUCACUCAAUCGCACAGAUAUAAGGAAAAAAACUUGAUAAAAUUGUAUAUUUAACUAUUUUUUUUCCUAAGGUGUUACUAAUUGAUUUAUUUUUCAAUUUUUUUCUUUGCUGUCAUUGUUUCACAAUAAGGUUUUCAUAUGUUUCAAUUGUUCUCAAUCAUAAAAAUACCCAGUCCAUUUAAAAGAAACUUUUCUAUCUUUAAAUGCUCUCAGUGUAUUGACAGAUCUAUUAUUGAAUGCCCUAAUUGAGAUUAUGAGCAUAAUAGUGGCUAAUUGAAAUAAAUUAAAACAACGUUGGUUUGAAAAUAAUCUUUGCUUAAUAGUCUUAAAGUGCAAUAGUUUUAUUUCAAUGAAGUACCCUAUGGCAGCUUAGUCCACUUAAAAUAAAUAUGCAUUUUAAAAGUUAAAUGCUGCAAGUAUGACAGUUAUGUGAUUUUUUUUAUUUAUGUGGCCUUAUGCUUAUUUCAUCAUUUCUAAAAAUGUCUGUUGUUUUGAAGAUUGAAGAGCAAUCGUUCAUUCCUCUAUUUUGCUCAUAAUCACAGUUUUCUCUAAAAAAGAUUCUUAUUUAUUUUUGGGAUUUUCUGAAAGUUGACUUUCUAUAAUGAAAGACAUAGUUUUAAAAUUGACUUGAUAUUUAGAAGAAUUUUGUUUUGUUAUAAGAGCCCUAAAAAUGGUUAUUAAUUGAAAAUUGUAUUGAUUGAUAUAUUAUAAAAUAUUAUUAAAGGGAAAAAAAGAGCUUAAAGGAAAAACAUAUUAAGUGGCGUUUGAAAAAAACCAUAUUAAUGUUUGUAUACAAACAUGAGAAGGUUGUGGGUAUUUACAGCUGAUCAUAGCAUGUACUUAUCAAUUAUUUGUACGAACCGAUAUAUUUAAGUGUUUUAAAAAGCCAUUUAGCAUGUUUUUCUAUAUAUAAAAGAAAACUUUGAUUAAGCUCUUUAAAUAUGGUCAAACCAACUUAAAUACAAUUUAUGAUUUAUGCUAAAAUUUUAACCAAUUAAAUAUGAUUUUUAAUUCAACUGCUGAUUAUCAUCCUAGCAGAAUUUUAGUGGUCUCUCACCAACGAUUUUAUGUCCAUUUGGCAACUAAUUUAGACCAUUAAUGUAAUAAUUGAGCAAGAAUAUUUAAUUCCUUAACACCUCUGCCUUAGUAUCUAUGAAAGUGAAAAAACUCUUUUUAAGUUGACCAUAUUUAACAUUCUUAUCUUCGUAGUUUGAAAACAAAAUUCUAUUCUAAGUAGCGAUUAAAUCCUUUCCCCAGUGGAAUUUUUCUAUUUUAUUUAAGUAUCUCCUCUAAACAAUGCUUUCUAAGUAGCGAUUAAAUCCUUUCCCCAGUGGAAUUUUUCUAUUUUAUUUAAGUAUCUUCUCUAAACAAUGCUACUGGAGACAAAAUUGUUCAAUCUGAAAAAUUUAACAUUAAUUUAAUUCGUAUAAGCAGAAUAUCUUGUUAUUUGUUAUGCAAAUAAGUAUGAAUGACUGUAUUAGUAUUUUUAUUUCUGAAAAUUUGUGAAAUAAUUUUGCUCCUCUAAAUUUUAUUCCUGUAAAUGUGACAUCUGGUUAUCUGCAAUGCAACUAAGGAGAGCUGACUGUCUGACUGAAUUAGUAUUUUCAUUACAGAAAAUCUGUUAUGGUUGUCUUUAUUUCUAUAAUUAUAUUAAUAACUAUAAUUUUUUAUUUUUAAAUUUAAUUGCCAUCAGAAAGAACAGUUAGUUUAAGUUCAUGCUAAAUAGAUUUUGGUUCUUUUUAAAAGGAAAUUGUGUAAUAUUUAUGUAAAUAUUUUUUUAAAUGUUUUGUUGUUUAUAAAGAAGGUUUAAAAGAUGUCAUUUAAUGUAAACUACUUAACUUAGAACAUGUACUUAUGGCUCUAAUUUUUUUAAUAUAUUUUUUUAAUCAUUGAUUUUUUCUUUUACAUUAACAAAAACUUUUUAUACUAACCAUCAACUUAUUAAAUGUAUGUUUUUGUUUAUCAGUGAUAAUACAUUAGGAUAGUGUGAGUGCAGCUAUGGUCUAUGUAUACCUAUUUAAUUGAAGGUUGUUGAGAAUUUAAUUGAGCUCUCCCUAUUUAAGCUCAUGUAAUAAAUUUUAAUUAAUUGCUCCUUUUCUUUAAAAAUGAUUUAUUCUGUAUUUAAUUUUUUUCCUUUUGAACUGUUUUUAUGACCAUAACCAGUGGCGUACGCUAGGGAGGGGUUUGAACACCCCCCUAGAGCUCAGACAAAAUGGCAAAAAUAAACAUUUUAGUAGAAAUUAUGCAGAUAUUUUUUUAAGACUAUAUAUUUUUAUUUGCCAUAUGCCUACCUUUUUUUCUCACGGUAUUUCUCA